AUGACUACCGACCGGUUGCGCGUGCUCAUCGUCGGCAAUGGCGGUCGUGAACACGCCUUCGCCUGGAAGCUGAGCCAGUCUCCCCGCGUCGACAUCGUCUUCGUCGCCCCCGGCAAUGGAGGCACUGCCCGGGGUGCCUCCUCCAAGAUCCAGAACGCCAAUGUCAAGGGUGACGACUACCCCGGCCUCGUCGCUUUUGCCCAGCAGAAUGGCGUCAACCUCGUCGUCCCCGGCCCCGAGGCUCCCCUCGUUGCUGGCAUCCAGGCUUAUUUCCAGGCCGUCGGCAUCCGCUGCUUCGGCCCCUCCCAGGCGGCCGCCCGCAUGGAGGGCUCCAAGACCUUCUCCAAAGACUUCAUGAAGCGCCACAACAUCCCCACCGCCGCCUACGAGAACUUCUACGAGUACGAGCCCGCCCGCCAGUACCUGGACUCCGUCUCCCACCAGGUCGUCAUCAAGGCCGAUGGCUUGGCCGGCGGCAAGGGUGUCAUCAUCCCCACCACCAAGGAGGAAGCCCACCAGGCCCUCCGCGAGAUGAUGGUCGAGAACCAGUUUGGCCAGGCCGGUAGCGAGGUCGUCAUCGAGGAGUACCUCGAGGGCGAUGAGCUCAGCAUCCUGACCUUCAGCGACGGUUACACCAUCCGCUCGCUCCCCGCCGCCCAGGACCACAAGCGCAUCUUCGACGGCGACCAGGGUCCCAACACCGGCGGCAUGGGCUGCUAUGCCCCCACCCCCAUCUCCUCCAAGGCCGUCCUGGACGAGAUCGACCGCACCAUCGUGCAGCCCUCCGUGGAUGGCAUGAGAAGAGACGGAUUCCCCUUCGUCGGUAUCCUCUUCACCGGCCUGAUGAUGACCAAGGACGGUCCCAAGGUCCUCGAGUACAACGUCCGCGGUGGUGACCCCGAAACCCAGACUCUCCUGCCCCUCCUCAGCGACGACACCGACUUGGCCGAGAUCAUGGUCGCCUGCACGGAGCACUGGCUCGACGGCGUCUCCAUUCAGAUCAAGCCUAACUUCUCCACGACCGUCAUCGCCGUGGCGGGUGGCUACCCCAACGCCUACGCCAAGGGCAAGAAGAUCACCCUGGAUGCCGUGCCCGACGAGACCCUGAUCUUCCACGCUGGUACCACCCUCGCCGGCGACGAGCUCCAGACUGCCGGUGGUCGCGUCAUUGCGUCCACCGCCACUGCCUCCACCCUGGAGGAGGCCGUCCGCAAGAGCUACGCGGGCAUCUCCACCAUCCACUUCGAGGACAUGUUCUACCGCAAGGACAUCGCCCACCGGGCCUUCCGCCAGCGCGACGCCGCCGCCGCCCAGCAGGAGUCCCUCACCUAUGCCGCCGCCGGUGUCUCCAUUGACGCGGGUAACGACCUCGUGAACAAGAUCAAGAGCUCCGUCGGCCGGACCAAGCGCCCCGGCACCGACGCCGUCAUCGGAGGCUUUGGCGGUCUCUUCUCCCUGGCCGCUGCCAACACCGCCUACCACCCUGAAUCCCCGACCCUGAUCGGCGCCAUCGAUGGCGUGGGCACCAAGCUCAAGAUCGCCCACGCCGCGGGCGUGCACAACACCGUCGGCAUUGACCUGGUCGCCAUGAACGUCAACGACCUGGUCGUCCAGGGCGCCGAGCCCCUCUUCUUCCUGGACUGCUACUCCUGCGGCAAGUUGGACGUCGCCACUGCUUCCGCCUUCGUCACCGGCGUGGCCGAGGGCUGUGUCCAGGCUGGCUGUGCCCUGAUCGGCGGCGAGACCGCCGAGAUGCCCGGCCUCUUCAUCGACGAGUCCUACGACGCCGUCGGUGCCGCCGUCGGCGCCAUCAACACCACCGGCCCCAACGCCCGCACCAUCCUCCCCGACACCGCGGCCAUGAAGGCUGGCGACGUCCUGCUGGCCCUGGCCUCCUCAGGCCCCCACUCCAACGGCUACUCGCUCGUCCGCAAGAUCAACCUGGGCCAGGCCCUCCUCACCCCGACCCGCAUCUACGUCAAGCCCCUCCUCAAGGCCCUCGCCCAGGCCGGCCCCACCAUCAAGGGUCUCGCCCACAUCACCGGCGGCGGUCUCGUCGACAACGUCCCCCGCAUGCUUCCCAACACCCUGACCGCCCACAUCGACGCCGCCUCCUGGCAGCUGCCUUCGGUCUUCGCCUGGCUCAAGAAGACCGGCAAUGUCACCGCCACCGAGAUGGCCCGCGCCUUCAACUGUGGUGUCGGUAUGAUCAUUGCCGUCGAGAAGGGCUCCGAGGCCGCCAUCACCGCCCUCCUCCAGCAGGAAGGCGAGACCGUCUACCAGAUCGGUGAACUCCAGGCCAGGAAAGAGGGUGAGGAGGGCUGUACCCUCUCCGGAUUGGAAUCCUGGGAUGCGUAG